GAGGAGGAGAGAGGAAAUGGAGGGACACCGCUCGGUGUAGCGUAGCUCUGUUCUCUCUCUCUCUCUCUCUCCGCUUGGAAAGUCUCAACAUCAGCACUUUCACUCUAGAGGAGUCGGAUAGCGUGCUCAGCCAAAGCUGUGCCUGAGAUGGUCUGUGACUUUGAAGACUCUGUCGAGCUACAAGAAGUGCUAUACAUCUCCAUACGUGGAUGAAACUGGGCCAGACGUCGGCGUAAAGACUGCUAGCUUCCUUUGGAAAGCACACUCAGAGCCAGGAUGCCGCCACCUUCAGAUAUUGUGAAGGUGGCCAUUGAAUGGCCAAAAGAGUUUCCCCGUCUAAUGGAAAUUGAUCAGAAAAAACCACUAUCGUCAAUUAUUAAGGAAGUAUGUGAUGGGUGGUCUCUUGGAAACUAUGAUAGCUUUGCAUUGCAGCAUGCAGAUGGCACAAACUUCUACAUUACAGAGAAGAAUCGUAAUGAGAUCAAAAAUGGGGCGAUUCUUCGUUUAACUUCAUCACCUGCACAUACAGCCUUGCAGCUUCAUGAGAAGAUUCAGUCUUCUAGCAUGGACGCCAAGUUAGAAGCUCUCAAAGACCUAGCAAAUUCUUCGCGAGAUAUAACAUUUGCCCAGGAGUUUAUUAACUUGGAUGGAAUUUCCCUACUAACUCAAAUGGUAGAGAGUGGAACCGAACGCUAUCAGAAAUUGCAGAAGAUAAUGAAGCCCUGUUUUGGAGACAUGCUGUCCUUUACAUUGACAGCAUUUGUGGAGCUGAUGGACCAUGGCAUUGUCAGCUGGGACACUUUUUCAGUACCCUUUAUUAAAAAGAUUGCAGGUUAUGUAACAAAAUCUUCUGGCGACACUGCAGUUCUUCAGAGGUCUUUAGCUAUCUUAGAAUCUAUGGUGUUAAAUAGUCAUGAUUUGUAUCAGAAAGUGGCACAGGAGAUAACAAUUGGACAGCUCAUCCCACACAUUAAAGGGGGUGAGCAAGAUAUUCAAACUUAUACCAUUGCUUUAAUCAAUGCAAUAUUCCUAAAAGCACCAGAGGAAAAGAGACAGAUUGAUUUGGAGGGCAAUGUUAACAUCCUUGAUUGUCCUCUCACAGAAAUGGCAAACAUCUUGGCCCAGAAGUCUCUUCGCCACGAAAUUCUUACUAAUGUUAUUCGAAGUAACAAAACAAUCAAACCUGAGAUGUCCCAUCAACUCUAUGUCUUGCAAGUACUGACUUUCAACCUUUUGGAGGAUAGAAUGAUGACAAAGAUGGACCCCCAAGAUCAGGCCCAAAGAGACAUCAUUUUUGAACUUCGAAGAAUUGCCUUUGAUGUAGAAUGUGAACCUAACAACAGUGGUAGCAUAGAGAAGAGAAAAUCUAUGUAUACUAGGGACUACAAAAAACUUGGAUUCAUUAAUCAUGUCAAUCCUGCAGUGGAUUUCACACAAACUCCCCCAGGAAUGCUGGCUUUGGAUAACAUGCUUUAUUUUGCCAAGCACCACCAGGAUGCCUACAUUAGGAUUGUGUUAGAGAAUAGUAGCCGUGAAGAUAAGCACGAAUGUCCUUUUGGUAGAAGCAGCAUUGAACUGACUAAGAUGCUUUGUGAAAUUCUGAAAGUAGGAGAGCUACCUAGUGAAACCUGCCCUGAUUUCCACCCCAUGUUCUUCACUCAUGAUCGAUCGUUUGAGGAGUUCUUUUGCAUUUGCAUUCAGCUGCUGAAUAAGACCUGGAAGGAAAUGAGGGCAACUUCAGAAGACUUCAAUAAGGUUAUGCAAGUGGUAAGAGAGCAGAUCAUGAGAGCUUUGACUACCAAGCCUAACUCGCUGGACCAGUUUAAAGGUAAACUACAGAACCUGAGCUACACAGAAAUCCUGAAAAUCCGUCAGUCUGAAAGAAUGAAUCAAGAGGACUUCCAGUCACGUCCUAUCAUAGAGCUAAGGGAAAAGAUUCAGCCAGAGAUCAUGGAACUUAUUAAACAGCAGAGACUGAAUCGCCUAUGUGAGGGAACGUGUUUCAGGAAAAUCAGCAGUCGGAGGCGGCAAGAUAAAUUCUGGUACUGUCGUCUCUCACCAAAUCACAAGGUCCUGCACUAUGGAGACUUGGAGGAAAGCCCCCAGGGUGAAGUACCACACGAGACUCUGCAAGAAAAAUUGCCAGUGGCAGAUAUGAAGUCAAUUGUAACUGGAAAAGAGUGCCCCCAUAUGAAGGAAAAAGGAGCCCUAAAGCAGAAUAAGGAGGUACUGGAACUCGCAUUUUCAAUUGUGUAUGAUUCAGAAGAAUACCUGAACUUUAUCGCCCCUGACAAAAAUGAAUACUGUAUAUGGACAGAUGGUCUGAAUGCUCUCCUUGGGAGGGAAAUGGCAAGCGAUCUGACAAAGUCUGAUCUGGAUACCCUGUUGAAUAUGGAAAUGAAACUCCGGCUUCUUGACCUCGAGAACAUCCCAAUCCCUGAGGCUCCGCCCCCAAUCCCCAAAGAGCCCAGUAACUAUGACUUUGUUUACGACUGUAACUAAUAAGCAGAUGAACUGAUUUAUUUCUCGCUCAACUGGAAGGAACUGAAAAUAUUUACAAUACAUACUCUCAACAAAAAGAGAUUUGUGUCCAAAUAACCUCUUUUUACAUGCUGUAAGCGCUAAUAUUUUUUGUGAUUCCCUUUUGUUUCCGUUCAUUUUAACAUAGGUGGAGCACUUAACUCUCUGUGCAUGUGGCCUUCUUGAAGAAUGACCCUCCGGCAUAGCCGCAGGCUAAAACUGGACUUUGUCAUGUGUGAGACCUGUAGGAAGUGUACCAAAAAUAAUACCAUACUUGAAGGUCUGGGGCCAUUAGAGUGCUGCUUUUCCUGUCAGAUUGUAAAAAUGAAACAUUGCCAUUUAUCACUCAAGCAUAUUUAAUUUGGUAAGUGUUGUGAAACUUGAUGAAAAAUGCAGGGCACUUAAUUAGGUUUUGAUCUUUCAGUCUGUUUGCCAAGGCAGUGUUACAUAUUUUCACACAUGGCAGCUGCUUAUCAGCAUAGAAGGAAUACUAAAAUUCAGUUUACAAUAUUUUAUAAAAAAAAAAAAUUUAAAUCCUCUUGUUCACCAUCUAUGUUUGUGCUUUUCUUCCCUUUGGACUUGAGUAGAAUAACGCUGUCCUUAUUCUGCCGACCUUUAGCUUUACAUGAGAUCAUGCUCCCUGCAUUGGCUGCAUUCCGUUGCUUGUAAUAUAUUUUUUAAAAAGCAAACAAAUAUGUCUGUUCACACGGCAGUCUGUCACUGUUGUUAUGUAUGACUAAAGAAAAAUGUCCAAAACUUCCAUAAAGCCACCAUUAUGUAACAGUUUCACUGUUAAUUCUAUGAAAAAAAUGAUGUACACAUGAGUAUUUUAUUAUUAAACAUACACAAUACAAAAAAGCAAAUAAAUUAAUAGAUGAAAUGGAAGGCAAGCCAUUUAUUAUAAUCUCUGAAUGAAGCGCAUAUUUAAGUUCAUACAAAUUGCUCUUGUUGCAUUUCUAAUUCCCUUCAUUCUUGUCGGUGUUUCAAAGAAACAUUACCACAUUUGCUGCUUACAUUAAAUUUUCUUUUGUCUA